GUAAACAAUCCCAAUAAACGCCCACUGCAAUGUCGGCGGAGGAGCAGAACGUUGAAGAAACGGUGCCUGCCGCGACGGUGGGGGAAGACGAGGCCCCGGGAGGGAUCACAGAGCAAGAGAAAAGAGGAGGGAGAGACAGCCGGGGAAGAACUUGGAGGGCCACGAGCGGACGGCGAGGGGAAAGAGGAGGAAGAGAGAAAAGGAGAAGGAGAGGGAGUGAGUGAGGCUGCAGUUCAGGAAGGAGAAGAGGGAAUCAAGGAGGAAGAAACAACUGAAGAUGGUGGGGAGCAGAAUGAAGGAGGUAGUGGGGCAGAGGAAGAGAAAGUAGCAACUGCGGAACAACAAGAAGAAGUAGUGGAAGGAGGAAAUGAGGCUGAGAAAUCUACUGAAGAAAGAGAGAGUGAGGAGAGAGAGAAUACAGUUGAGGGAGAAGACGGUGAUGGUGAGGUGAGACGAGAAGACAUUGAGACAGAGGUUCCAGCUGAAGAGACUGUCAUUAAUGGUGUGUCAGAGGGUGUGGCCAAAGAAAAGAGCGUAGCUGAGGAACAGGAAGUGGGUGUGGCCAAGGAAGUGGAAGAAGGUGUGGCCAAAGAAAAGAGCAUAGCUGAGGAACAGGAAGUGGGUAUGGCCAAAGAAGUGGAAGGGGGUGUGGCCAAAGAAAAGAGCAUAGCUGAGGAACAGGAAGUGGGUUUGGCCAAGGAAGUGGAAGAGGGUGUGGCUCCAUCGGAAGUGGACGUAGCUGACAGUAAUGUUGUGACUACUAGUCGACUACCUCUUGAGAAUAUCGUUGAAGAAGAAGAGGAAGAGGAGGAGGAGGAGAAAGUUGAUAAAGAUGAACUAAUCACCAACUGCCGAGAGGCUCUGAAGAGACAGGAGAAACUGAGGCAUGAGAAUUCUCUUCUUCAGCACAAGAUUGCAGAAUACCUCUCCUACAAGAAGCAGGAGGAGAAGCCAGACCCAGGAAGAAACGUCACAGACCAAGAAAAGAGAUACAUCCAGUGCAUGAGUGGCCUGGAUAACCUGGAGGUGGAGCUGGAGCAGGCUCGUGAGGGGUGGGCCAGCAGGGAGGAGGAGAUGAGAGAGAGCUGUGCCAGGAGAUUGGCUGAGGUCCAGGGAAAGACAGAGGAGUUCCUGAGGUACCAGAUGGAGGGGUCGAAACAGGCAGUGGACAGUCGUACUGGUCACAGACUCUCUGAGACUGAUCUCCACAGACUGCAGACUGACCAGGCAGCCAGCAAUCAGGCCGUCUUCCAGGCGAGGCUGGAGAACAUCAAGCUGGCCAAUAAGAUUGAGAGAAUGGAGUCACUGCUAAAGGCAAAGGUAUACACAACAACAUGCUCGUUUAUUCUGUAUGAUAUGAUAGUCACAGUGGGUAAGCUCCUGUAAUUAGCAGUGGGUAGUUAGCAGUGGUUAACGACACAGGAGGAGCUGGCAGAGGGGCUCCACAUGUUGGACUUUGAGCAGCUGAAGAUUAGUAACAUGGACCUGGGGGAGAAGGUGGAGGAGAGGAACGAGGAGAUUAGGAAACUGACGGAGAAGAUUCGAGACACCGUCCAGGUCCUCACCCACGUCAAGGAGAAACUCGACUUCCUGCAGGACGAGAGUGAAGAGAAGAAGGAGCAGCUGCAACAGUUGGACUCUGACCUCGCCAGGAGGAGGGAGGUACUGACGAGGCUGAAACAGACGCGGGACUCUCUGAGACUGGACAACCAGAGACUGCGGCAGAGAGGAGGCCUCGUCUGCCACACCCAGCUCCUCAGGGACUUUGAGGACAGACAAGAUCAGAAUGCAGAGCUAGAGAGCCGACUGGAGCAGCUGCAGAGACAACAUUCACAGACCACCUUACAAUGCACCGGACUCCGCAGCAAGAUUGCUCAUGCCACCACUCCCCACCAGCACCGCCUCACAUGACACUCACAUGAUAGUCACCUGAUCCAACAAGUAUAAAUAUCGGCAUAUCGGCGAAAAUCAUAAUCUGAUCUUAGCAUGAUGACGUAAUGUAGAAGAUGAAAAAUGAUGAUAGAGUCUGUAUUCCAAUUAGUGCCACACACUAUUGUGGACCUCAUUUACAAAAAUAACUGAAAUUGAUGCUGAAAAUUUAUAACGGAGAGAAAAACGAGACAUGAAAGACGAGAAGAGAGAGACAGAGAUGAAGAGGGCUAAAGGUCACUGGUAUGAGGCUGGGGUCGACCAGUAGGGGGCGGGGAAUUGGGUGGAGUCAACCGUAGCUCGGUGUAGUGGUGUGGAAUGUGGAUGGUGCCUCCGCCGUGCUCCACCACCAGGUAGCCACGUUUCUGGGACCUCCCUAGACAGUAUACCUCUUCCCCCG